AUGGAUCCGUGUGACGAAUCGAAUACAUUGUUUUAUUAUGUCGAUAAAAGUUUACACGAUUCGGACACAAAACAAUGGUCCGCAAUAAAAUAUUUCAGUAGUGUCGAUAUCUGUAUUACAGAGAUAAAAUCUCAAUCGAAGCAUGACAUCAGUUUAUAUGUAAACGAUGACUUGGCUGCCGAUAUUAUACCAAAAGUACAUGAUCUUCCACAGAUCAAACACAUUUAUAUCUAUUCAAUACAGAACGGAGAAAACAGAGCACGUUUCAUACCUAAUAAAGAUCUAAAAAUUCGGUCGUAUUCAACUGAAAAACCAAAUUUUUAUCUCGAGAACGCCAUGGCCCAACGUGCUAUUAUAAACGACAACCCUGUGGCGGCUCAAAAACAUUUACAACACGCAAUGCAAACAGCCAUCGACAGAUUGAGGGAAGUGUCAAACUCUGUGCAACACGAUCCGUUGGCAGAAAAUAUCCAGCAGUCUUGUUCAUCAAAUGCAACAAAAGUAAGUGAGUGA